AUGAGUAAAAUACUUGAAGUACAAUUACAUGGGUACAAUUCUUACGUAACAUCUGAUUUUGACAAUAAAGAAAUAAUUUUUUGUAUUACAAAUGCCUAUAUUCCAACAGAUGAAGAAACGACUGCUGAUCAUAACAAUGUUGUUGAUAAAACUGAUAAUAACCUUGUGAUAAAUAAUGAUAUACAAGAUAAUUUGAUAGAUAGAUCAUCAUAUUUAUAUCACGUAAAUACAAAUAAUCUGAAUCCAAAUGCGGCACAAUUUUCAUCAAUCGAUCAACAUGGAACAGUAACAAUUAAUUAUUUAGAUGCAGACUAUCAAAAUAUAAUUGAUUAUGGUACUGGUUAUAUUCGACCAACAGACUAUUAUUUGGACGCUGACCAAUCAUCAGAAUUAAUUUACGCACAACAUCGAUCCAACUAUGUUAUUCCGGGUUAUAAACAAAUGUCAGUUGUUUCGGACCAUACUUCUUUGGAUUUAGCGCCAACAAAUGUGAUAUCACCGACAAACAUCGAAAUGUAUCACUCCGGAAUAACACCAGACGAUGAGCAAUCAACAACUCGUCAACAAACGCAUGAUCAGAUUCGUCAACCACUACGUCAACAAUUAGAAUAUUAUUUUUCACGUGAAAAUAUGGCAAAUGACUAUUAUCUUCAGUCUCAAAUGGAUCCUGUUGAUAAAUAUGUUCCAAUUAGUACCAUAGCUAAUUUUAAACUAAUUAAAAAAUUGACGACGGAUACACAAUUAGUAACAGAUAUUCUAAAAGAAUUACCAUCAGUUGAAGUUGAUGCGGAUGAACAAAAAGUGAGACCAGCUAGAAAACGUUGUAUUAUUAUCUUACGUGAGAUACCAGUUGACGUGAACGAUCCAGCGGUACGUUUGCUAAUAGAAGUUUCUGAAUUAUUUAAUAACGAACGUUGUCCUGCAAAAUGUAUUGAUUGUGAAAGGGUGGGAGAGACAGAUUGUUGGUAUGUUACGUUUGCUUCUGAAGACGAUGCCCAACAUGCAUUUGUUUAUUUGACAAGAGAAAAUGUAUCGAUAAGAGGACAAAAAGUUCUGGCAAGAAUGAAAGCUCGUAUGUGGCAAAAACCAACUUCUCAAACUACAACAAAUGCCUCUACACCAAUGUCACCACCACCACCAUUAACUCACCCGGGAGAAGGUAUCACUCCACCUGCACAACAAACACAAACACUACCAGCAUUUCAACAUCAUCAACAACCACAAGGACAACAGUCACAAAUAUCAGCACCUCAUGUUACUCAAAUGUCACCAUAUCCAUCUCAUUCAUUACAUCUACAUCCACAUCAACCACAACCGCAUGAUAUCACUUCCACUUAUAUGCCAAAUACACAAUCUACAAUA